UCCUCAGUAUCUCCCAACGGCAAAUGUGAUAACAACAAUGGAGGCUACACAUGUAAAGGCUCUGUAUUUGGUAACUGUUGCAGCGAAAGUGGCUGGUGCGGAGACACGGAUGCUCACUGCGGUACCGGUCAUGGAUGCCAGCCGGAAUUUGGAGAUUGCACG